GCCGCCGCCGCCGCCGCCGCCGCCGCCGCCGCCGCCCCGCGCGGAGCCUUGCGGGCGGGCCGGGCUGCUGUCCGAGGCUUGGGACCGGCUGGGGCAGGCGGGUCCCGCCGGCCCCUGUCACCUGCCCGCGGCAUCUUCUCUGUCCUGAUGGGGCUCCGGCCUGAGCAGCUGCGCCGCGCCCGCGUUUCCUCUGCGGAAGGAGCUCGUUUUUAGGAGUGAGGAUAAACAGCGGUGCUGCCGGGGUCACCGGGGGUUCACAGCGCUUUGUUUGCUCGCGCUGGAAGGUGAAGAGGAGAAACCCGGUGCUUUCCUGGCUCAUCUUCGGGGGAGGAACCCGGCGCCGGGCAGCCGCGGGGAGGCGUCGCAUGGGGUCUGCGCCCUGCCCCGCUCCCCCGCGCCCUGCUGAGUGCGGUGCCCCGCUGUGGCUCUGCUGAAAUGCUGGGGAUGAUAGUUUACCUCCGUUCGGCCGGUAACUGGUGAUGCGGAUUGCUGAGUCCAAACCAUGAAUUACGUUGGACAGUUAGCAGGGCAAGUGUUUGUAACUGUGAAGGAGCUCUAUAAAGGACUAAACCCUGCCACGUUGUCAGGCUGUAUAGAUAUAAUUGUUGUACGUCAGCCAGAUGGAAAUCUUCAGUGUUCUCCUUUCCACGUACGUUUUGGGAAAAUGGGAGUUCUGCGUUCUAGGGAGAAAGUGGUUGACAUAGAAAUUAAUGGAGAAGCUGUAGAUUUGCACAUGAAGCUAGGAGACAAUGGAGAGGCCUUUUUUGUACAGGAGAUGGAUAAUGAUCAGGAGGUAAUUCCUUCUCAUCUCUCUACAUCCCCCAUUCUGUCUGAGGGAACUGCUUUAAUGGAAACUCAGCUGAAGAGGAACUCGAUGGACAGGAUAAGAAACCUGGACUCUAGUGUAUCCUCACAAGUACCGCCCCAAGCCCAUGGAUCCCAGCCUGCUAUUGAAUCCUCUGUGGCCUGUAGCUCUGUGAAAAAAAGGAGGAAAAAGAGGAGGAAAUCUACCCAUAAAAUAGAGAGCUUAAAACGAGAAGACAAUGGAGACACAUCAGAAGAUGAAGAUAUGUUUCCUAUAGAGAUUAGUUCAGAAGAAGAAAAAGAACCAUUGGACAAUUCAAGGAUCCCUGUUCCAGAAGUAUGUAUCAAUGAAGUAUCUGAGAUAAAGACUCCUGCAGUUGCUACGUUUUCUCAGUCUGCAUCUUACCCUCAUUCAGAUGGAGAAUGGUCACCUCUUCAAAGCCCGUCAGGUUCACGCCCUCCUACUCCUAAAAGUGAUUCAGAAUUAGUCAGUAAACCUAUGGACAGGGGAGGACUGAAGAGUAAUCCACAGAUGCACUGGGCUUGGGGAGAGCUACCCCAGGCAGCAAAGGCCACUUCUCUGCUCAAAGCAAAGGAACCCAGUGUGGUAGAUGUAAAUCCUUCUGAAAGCACUCAUUUUCGGGUCAUCCAGAGUGCACCUAUAGAGGAGUUUAACACUGUGUCUCCUCUACCUGCCCUUGGACAAGCAGAUGCAGCAGCUGCUGGUGAAAGUGAGCCCUUGCCAGCUGAGACAAAUAAGCCAGAGAUGGAGUCUGCAGUAGCAGCUGUACCACCGUUGCCUGCCAAUGAAGAAAUAAAACAAGCUGCAGCUUGCUCAGCCCAACCAGUUGGCAAGACAGAUUCCCCUUCCAGAAGGAAAGACAAACGAAGCCGGCAUCUUGGUGCUGAUGGCGUCUAUUUAGAUGACCUCACUGACAUGGAUCCAGAAGUUGCUGCACUUUAUUUCCCCAAAAAUGGGGAUAAUGUCCAAAGUAAGAAUACAAAUGACAAUGGGCCACGGUCAGCCAGUCAUUCUCCUCAGUCCUUUGGGAGCUCAGGUGUUGACAGUGGUGUCGAAAGCAUCUCGGAUGGAAUUAGAGAUUUGCCCUCCAUUGCCGUUUCUCUCUGUGGAGGUCUUACUGACAACAAAGAAGUAACCAAAGAGGAGUUCUUAGAACAUGCAGUAACAUAUCAGCAGUUUGUGGACAAUCCUGCUAUCAUCGAUGACCCUAACCUUGUGGUUAAAAUUGGAAAUAAAUACUACAACUGGACAACAGCUGGUCCCCUUCUACUGGCGAUGCAGGCAUUCCAGAAACCUUUGCCAAAGGCCACUGUGGAAUCUAUAAUGAGAGAUAAGAUGCCCAAAAAAGGUGGAAGAUGGUGGUUUUCAUGGCGAGGGAGAAACAGCACUAUUAAAGAGGAAACAAAGCCAGAGCAAGGUAUGAGUGCAAGUGGACUAACGGAAGACUCUUCGCAGAUGAUGGCAAACAGAAUAAAAGAUGAAUCUUCGUCAAGUGAUGAAGACCCUAGAGCUGCCAAACAAAACCUUGGGUCAUUACAAACCAACUCCAGUCAUCUUUCAUUAUUGUCUGGAAUCAGUUACAAAAAAACCCUUCGACUCACUUCUGACCAGCUUAAAAACUUAAAGCUCAAGAAUGGCCCCAAUGAUGUGACCUUUAGCGUUACAACACAGUAUCAAGGCACUUGCCGCUGCGAGGGCACCAUUUACUUGUGGAAUUGGGAUGAUAAAGUUAUUAUUUCUGACAUUGAUGGAACAAUCACACGGUCAGAUACUUUAGGCCAUAUUCUGCCUACUCUUGGCAAAGACUGGACACACCAAGGGAUUGCAAAGUUGUAUCACAAAGUGAGCCAAAAUGGAUAUAAAUUUUUGUACUGUUCAGCACGUGCUAUUGGAAUGGCAGACAUGACCAGAGGGUACUUGCACUGGGUCAAUGAGCGAGGAACCGUGCUGCCUCAAGGGCCAGUGUUACUGAGUCCAAGCAGCCUAUUCUCAGCUUUUCACAGGGAGGUGAUAGAAAAGAAGCCAGAAAAAUUUAAAGUUCAGUGUUUGACGGACAUCAAAAAUUUGUUUUACCCUAACACUGAACCCUUUUAUGCUGCUUUUGGAAACAGACCUGCUGAUGUUUAUUCAUACAAACAGGUGGGAGUUUCUUUAAACAGAAUAUUUACAGUUAACCCCAAAGGAGAACUUAUACAGGAGCAUGCAAAGACAAACAUCUCAUCCUAUGUCAGACUAUGUGAAGUGGUUGAUCACAUUUUCCCUUUGCUGAAAAGAAGCCAUUCUUCAGACUUCCCUUGUUCUGAUACCUUCAGUCAGUUUACCUACUGGAGAGAACCUCUACCACCCUUUGAAACUCAGGAUGUACAUCCAGUCUCAUCUUAAUUGCAUCUCCAAAUUUUUGGCUUCAGUUCAAAGAAUGAAUUGAAUUGUACUGAAAGUAGUUCACUUGACUUUGCAGUUGACAGUUCAGCUGGAAUCUGUGAUGUUGUGAGCAUUGUAUUCAUUUGCUGUGAGCAAACUUAGAAAUGCUUUUUCAUACUAAAAGUCACAUUUCCAGAUGAGUGGAUUCCAAGGGUGAGUGUUACUAGGAAUGGGAGUUUCAUUCCUAGCUGUUCACCUAAUUGCCCAAGUUGUGCUCUACAGUUUCAUUACUAAGGUCAAAUACAAGUGUAGUGAUGUUGGAGUUGCAGUUAAACAUGCCGUAAGGAUUAGUCGUAAAGUGAUUCUGUGUCUUUUCUGCAUCAGAAUUCUUCCUUCAUCUCAUUAGAACCCUCUGCGAGCAAGGGAGCUGAAGGCACUCACCAUUCCUGACAUCAUUUUGCAACAUGGGCAGGGGUUGCAGUGCAUGUAAAGUCCAAAUUCCUUUCUCUGAAAGAUCAUAUGAUUCUUCCUUUUCCCCCCUCUCACUUGACCAACAGAUGUUUUUGUAAGGGUUAGUUACUGGUCAGAUCCUCAACCGCUGUAAAUCAGCGUAGCCAUCAAAGCCAACGGAGCUGUUUUGAUUUAUUCCAGCCUGUUAUUUUGACAUGGUAACAUUUUUCUGAGGAAAGAAAUAAUGAGCAAUCUAAAUGGAAAGCAAAUGAAGUAAGAUGGCCAGGUUCUGCCACUAUCACUCUAUUCAAUAAGUACCACGCUUCAACAGGAGCUAGGUGUGAAAGUGGAAGAUUCAGGCCAAUGUGUAAAGUGCCCACUAGAGUCAAUGGUUUGACUCCAGUGCUUUCCAGUAAAGUCACACACUGAAUUUGCCAAAUUUGAAAAACCAUUGAUGAGCCAAGAGCAUUGAGGGUUUUGCCAAUGGAGCAGUUUUAUUUGAAACAUUAUUUUUGGCUAAAAUGUGAACUUUGAUGCUGGUGAAUGAUGCAUCUCAGGCUUUUACCAUAUGGGAUUUUUCAGUUUUGUAUUGUAAAGAAUGGAUGUUUUUAGUGUAAUUUACCAUCUUCUGAGAUAAUGAAAUCCUAUCACCUUCAGUCCCAUCCCUGUAAGUUUUUCCCCUUCAUUCAGACACAAGCUGUAGAUACUGUUUUUGCUACCUGCAUUUGACUGCCUUAAGAUUUAACUGUGUGUGUUAAAAGCAAUAAUGCAGAUCAGUUGAUAAUGUUUUCCAAAUGGUCUGCCUUUAUGCAAGGUGGUACUUUAAUGAAAAAUGUAGACAUCAAGUGACCGUAUGCCAAAUGUUCCUCAAAUGUGCUUGUAGCUACAAAAGUGACUUUUUUCCUUUUAAAAAAUAUUUAAAAGUCUAAUUGUUCUCUGAAAGACUGAAAAUGGCAUCAUGGGAUUCCAUGUAUAUUGUAUUUCCAUACGGUUAAAACAGUGGUUCCCAGGCUGUGGUCUCUGCCUGCUUGUGAUCUGUGAGGCUAUGGUACAUGUUUCACAGCUGCUUUGUAGUGUUUUCAGUUAAGAGUUUAAUAAUAGGAAGGCAGAGUGGUCCAGGAGAAACUUUAAGAUGUGAUUGUGGUCUGUUAGCACCAAAAGAUUUGGGAACAGUUGCUCUGUAUCCCACUUGCUCCAUAUCAAUGAAUUCUGGUUUUGCAAGCCAAAAGAGUGAUAGCAAUGAAAGUAGGAUGGCAAUUCUGAAACAGAGAUUUUUCUAAUUUGUAGUGCUGCAGGUUGUAUCUGGGAUGUCAGGGGGCCAAUUUAUGAUUUCCCUGUGCCUUCAGUAGUAAUUAAUAUAAGUGCAAUCCUUUAUACAGCUGCAGUGUGCAAUGGCGAGCCCAGCCCCAAGUCUUCCUUUUCAAGUGAAUUUUACCAGUUUGUGUGAGGUCCGUGCCCACUUUGGAAAAGUCAGAAUUAGUAGACAAACAAAGAGGAAGAAAUGUGUGUUUAACAACCCAAGCUGAUUAUAUUGUCUUGAAAGUUUAAAGAAAAUGCAAAAAUCAUUUUACUUACAGACUGAAGACAUUUAGGAUGAAUUUUCUGAAAAACAAUCAGUGGGAAUCUCAGGUUGCCUAACUGAGUGGGCUGUAUCUCUAAAUACAGCCACACUUCUUUUGUAGGAUUUUAUUAAUACUUGUCAUUAAUGAUUGAAUUGAAUAAUGAAUGAAUGAAUGAACACACUAACUGCAUCCUAUCUUAAUCUAUUUAUGGUAAAGGCCUGUUUCAAUCCAUUCAUUUUGCAAAACAAAUAAAAUCCAAACCAACCCUUCUCCCCAGCCAUUUGAUAAGAGACUGCCAGCUUUGUUAUCCUUCAUAUUAGAUAAGAUUUGUUUUCCUAAGUUACUGCACACUGCAGCUUCCAUCAGAAGGGGUCUCUGAAAGUUCUCCAGGACUUAAGCCUGUGAUGUAUUUAUUUAUGACUUAAUAAAUAGCAAAUCUAGGAUUUGUUGUUGCCAUUAGUAUUUCAGACCAAAUGGUAGUGUAGAUGAGUGGUCAUUUUAAUUCUUUCCAAUUUUUAAGUCUAGUGCAGCACUGGUAUAGGUUACCCAGAGAUGCUGUGAAAUAUCCAUUGUGGAGUUUUUCAAGACUUGGCUAAACGAAGCCAUGUCUCACUUGAUCUAGAGUUGGUGAUUGUCAGCUUCAAGCAUGAAGUUGGACUAGAUGACCUCCAGGGGUCCCUUCUGACCAACAUUUCUAUGAUUCUGUGAAAUUGAACGCCUUACUUCUGACAUGCUAUAUAUCCCUUUGUAUCUGAAGGUUUAAAUAUAGUUAUAUAAACACAUAGUUGUUAAUAUUUAUCAAAUUUGCUCACAAGAAAGACAGGUAUGCAAAUCAAAGUUUUGACUUGACCUGCUAGAAACAUUGCUUCAUUGUAAGUGUACUUUCUAAAAAGAGAAUAAGACAUUUUGAUUUGGUGGCUGAGCCUUUUUAUGCAGUAUGUUUAGAUUGCUUUGUUAACUUGUAAAGAACAAAAAUGCAAUGGUUUAACAAAUUCCUACUCUUUCUGUGAAAGAAAAAACUAAACUUUGCUUUCAACGUAUGCUGGUUUCUGUUACAGAAAGAAUAUUUGGCUAACGUAGUAUAAAUAUGCAGACACGUUAAAUAACUGUAUAUUCUACUUAUACAAUACACAAAUUAGAAUAUACAGCACUGAGGAGUGACUAAUGUUUAUUUCCAUGAAUCUGAUGACCAUACCACUCCAGCUGUGUCAUGUGAAGGACAGAAUACCAUACUCGUUGCGUUAGUUAUGUUAAAGAUAAGAUGUUGUUGCUAUAAUUUUGAGAGGGGAGGGAACGAGGGUAUUUUUAUGUGUAGAUAUGGAUUAUUAUUUCAAAGUCUAUUUAUAUGCAGUAUUUACCCUGUAAAUGUAUGUGCUAUUGCCAUGUUGAAAAUCAUUUUAACACCUCAUUUUGAUCUGCUGAAUACAGCGAGGAUAGAAAUAUAUAUUGUAAUAAAGGCAAACAGAUUAAAAAAUAA